AUGGUGGACGACCCUUCACCAGGGGCUGUAGAGCUCGGCGCUGAGAAGAGCAAUGCCCAGCACCGAGGAAAACCGCAGACAGAAGUCGGCAACAAGGCCAAUAUUCACACGUCCGAGAGCCAACAGGAGUUCUUCAGGAUGUUGGACGAGAAGAUUGAGAAGGGGAGAGACUACUGUUCGGAAGCGGAGGAAGACGGGACAUAG